AUGUCGAGUCCUCCAUGGCAGGAUUCGAAAGAACCUCCUGAAGCUCAAAACGAUCCAAAUCAACCUUCGACUUCUUAUCCACUUGCUGGACAAAGCUCUUAUCUCGAUGCUCCUGCAGAUGAUCCAUCUUUUCUCGUUCCUUCCACUUUUAGUGGAAUUUCUUACGAAGUUGAUGAUUCACCGCGUAUGUUGGACUAUUCUUACGAUCCUCAUCUAUCAUUAUCCAAGUAUCUCGAAGAUAUGGACAGUAAUACCGAGCUCAAUAUGCCUCUUGAAGCUCUGAAUAUCAAUGCUCCAGCUUCAGUCCCGUCCAAUUUUUCGUAUCUAAGCGGACCAUCAUCUUCUAAUAAACCGUCACAAUUUCGAAGUAGCGCUUCUCCUUUGGAUGUGCCGCAGUUUUCUCCUCCUGAAUGUGCCGCUACUGAGCUAGUUCCACCCUCAGCUCCAAUGUCUUCUGAGAGCCAGUAUAUCCCUUCUCCUUCUGAUCACAGUGGGAGUUUGGUGGCUGAGGCACGAAUAAGCACUGUAGGGCAACCUGCAGCCAGGGCCACGCUCCAGGAUAUUCAGGAGACUCGCUACGAAAGUCCGAAAAAUCACGAUGAGAGCUGGAUUAUGCGGGCCUUUUACUCCAGUUCUGAGGAGUUCAAUUCACCUGACGAUUGGGAGACGAGAAAAUCAGCGAGUAAUGAGGAAGAGGUCCGCUUGGAGACUAAUGGAUCAGAAGAGGGGGAGGGGGACGAUUCUCUUGUCGAUAAACUUUUCGAAAUGCUUGAACGAGCUGAGGAAUCGGGUGAAGAACCAGGCGAACGAAACGAUAAUGAAGAACAGGACAGGACCAUAACCGACGAACCACAGCAGCCUACACCUCAGGCAACCCCAAUAGUUUCUCCCAAGGCAAUUCCUACCCAAUACCAACAGGAAUCUUCUUCACAG